CAAGGUUCCCUUCACUUCACCAAGACGCUCAUUCAAAACGUCUCUCUUCCUCUUAAUUACUACAAAUCUCUCUCUCUCUCUCUCUCUCUCUCUCUCUCUCUCUCUCUGUGUUUUCUGGGCUUCUGCUCAAAUUUGAAUCUCUCUCUCAACUAAACUCCUUGUUCAGAUCCCUCAAACUCCAUAGAAAUGAAGAAAGUAGUGUUGAAAUUGGAAUUGUACGACGAGAAGGUUAAGAAGAAAGCCAUGAGGGCAGUCUCAGGGCUUGAAGGGCUUGAUUCAAUUUCCAUGGAUAUGAAGGACAAGAAACUGACGGUGACAGGGGACAUAGAUCCAGUAAAUUUGGUGAGCAAACUGAGGAAGCUUUGCCACACAGAUAUAGUGUCAGUGGGACCAGCAAAAGAGGAGAAGAAGAAGGAGGAGCCCAAGAAAGACGAUCCAAAGAAGGGAGAUGAGAAGAAGAAAGAUCCGAAGGACGAAAUGGCUGAGCUUAUAAAGGCCUACCAGGCUCAUUAUCCUCCCAUGCCUGCAUACUAUUACGUAAGAAGCCAAGAAGAGGAUCCCAAUUCUUGUAUCAUUUCCUGAUUUUGAUAAUUGUUUUAAGAAUUGGGAAGAUGGUGUCCAAGAAGAAGAGAAGUCGUAUAUGUACAGUUGAGUGUUAUUUAUUUUGUUGGCGUGGAGUUGGUUUGCAAUAAUCUAGACGAAAGUAAACUUUUCUUAGAGGUCUAACCAAAAAACAAUAGAAUAUCUUGGAGGCCUCUUUGAUGUACGACUCUGUUUUUGUUCUUACAUUUUGAUGGUGGGAUAAUUAAUGGAUGAAUUAGCUAUGUGCUACUAGCUUCAGAAUAAAAUUUUAUCAUUGAUUUUUAAA